AUGAGCCGACAAUUAUUUUACCACAUCCCAUUCUUUCCUCUGAACCCACCAAACAUGACCGGAUAUUCGUUCAAGCUCAAUUCGGACUCUGUCACUGUCGGCAUUGAUGGUGCAACCACCUCGUUCCAUUAUAUUUGGCUCAGAGAUAACUGUCGUUGUGAAGAGUGCUACUUUGAUACAACAAAGCAACGGUUACUCAACUCUGCCUUAAUAGACGAGAACAUUCGUCCAAUUGAGUGCAAUUUAGCUGACGGUAAGUUGACUAUUGUGUGGAGUCAAGAGAACCACAAGUCAGUUUAUCAAUUUUACUGGUUGAGAUUGCACGCUUACAAUCCUCGUAUUUUGCCCUACGAGUUCAAAGUCAAGGGCGAGAAAGAUGUGUUGGCUCGCCAGUACUGGAAAACUGCAGACAUCAAGGAUAACAUGCCAACUGUGGAUUUCAACAAGAUAAUGGCAUCCAGUGAUGAAACUGACAGUGAACUUGCGAUAAAAGAGUGGUGUUUGAAGAUAUGGAAACACGGUUUCACUCUCAUUGACAAUGUCCCUGUGACGCCUGAAGAUACACAGAAGUUAUGUGAGAAGCUUAUGUACAUCAGACCAACCCAUUAUGGUGGUUUUUGGGAUUUCACCUCGGAUUUGGGGAAGAAGGACACAGCCUAUACUAAUUUUGACAUCUCUGCCCAUACAGACGGUACUUAUUGGUCAGAUACUCCCGGUUUACAAUUGUUUCAUCUUUUGUAUCACGAUGGGACGGGAGGCACUACCUCCUUGGUUGACGCCUUUCAAUGCGCCGAACAGUUGAAGCAAACUGAUCCAGAGAGCUACGAACUUCUUACGAGAAUUCCAGUCCCAGCCCAUUCUGCAGGUGAAGAAAAGGUUUGUAUUCAGCCUGAUAUUCCUCAACCUGUUUUCAAGCUUGACUUGGAGGGCAAUUUGAUCCAAGUCAGAUGGAACCAAACUGACCGUUCUUGUAUGGACUGCUGGGCCGAUCCAACGGACGUUCCUAAAUUCUAUAAAGCUAUUCGCAGCUGGUAUAAAAUCAUUAGCUCUCCUGAAAACGAAAUCUUUUAUCAAUUGAAACCGGGUCAAUGUUUGAUCUUCGACAAUUGGAGAUGUUUCCAUUCCAGAACGGAAUUCACAGGCAAAAGAAGACUUUGUGGUGCAUAUAUCAACAGAGACGAUUUUGUGUCUAGGUUAAAAUUGUUGAACUUGGGGCGUCACAACGUUUUGGAUCUGAUUUGA